AUGACAGCCACCGACAACUUCGUCGACCUCACGACGCCCGACUUGCCUCCGAAAGUGACCGCCGCCGUCGCCUCCUUCCUCCAAGACGGCCACGAACCUGCACUCGCGACCGAAGCGCUCGGCUUCGCGCUGGCACCGUCUCUCCGAGUCCUUCUCACGCAGCUGCUGCCGCGCUUCGCCGCCAACGUGGCGGCCAACCCCGCGUUUGACGUGAGCGCGGUCACUGCGACGAUUGGCGAGGGUCUCGCACUCACGCCCGAGUACGCUGUCGUCGAGUCCGCCGCCGGCGACAACGACGACGACGAGUGCACGGCCCUUGGCGACACGAAGCGCAAGCGCCCCAUCGGCAGCUUUGCGACCUUGGAGCAUGACUGCGAGCGAGCGUACUCCGCGUGCAAGCAGGUCGUCCACGGUCUGCACGGAGACGACGCGGCGCGAUCGGCCUUUGUCGCCGACGCGGCGAUCGUCCGUCAACGUCUCGCGAGCGCUGCGGCGAUACCCGACAGUGCACUGUGCGCCCUUCGCGCAGAGGCCACCGCGGCGCUCCACGUGGUCAACGCGAGCAAGGCCAAAGAGGUGGAGCUUGCAUUUGCGCUGGAAGCGCUCUGGCGAGCCAAGCGCGCCGAGCUGCCUGCGUCGACCAAGGUCGAGGUGGACCUGGCCGUGUACAAUGACGCUGCCAACGUCGCGGCGGUCGACACGAUGGCUGCGAUGGCCAAGCGCGGCGCCGCGACAGAGGCCGCCGCGACCAUCCUCGACAGCAUCGAGGUUCAUAUCGCCUGCUACGAAAUGGUCGUGGCGGUGCUGCACGAAAUUUGCUGCCUGCGCCACGCCGCGUUGAAAAGCACGGCGGCGGCGAUGGACGCGACGUACGCGGACGCGGUGGCAGCGACGCGGGCGCAGCUGCACCUGGACCUGCCGCGCCUCUGCGCCUGCCUCCUGCGCUUUGACACGCACGUGGACGCCAAGAUGCGCGCCAACGACGGCUACAAGGCCGACAAGCUGCGCAAACUGGACGAGCUCUGCUUCGACUUGCCGCCGUCCAGCGACCCGGAGGCGUGCACGCGGUUGCGUGGCAAGAUCAAGGCCAAGACAGCGAUUGCCGAAGACCUUUUCGCGCAUCUCGAAGAGGCAGCGACGAGGCAGCAGUACCUCUGGACCAUGGUGGACGACGUCCUUGGCGCCACCGAGUGUCGUUGUCUCCUCGACGCCUGCCGCCCCCAGUGGUCGGUCAUGACACCCGUGCUGCGCGAUGUGUUUGAAAGCGUCGAGCUGAAGGGCAAGAUCGAGGUUAGCGAGCCGAUCAAGGCCGAGACUGUGGCCAAGGAGACGGUCGCGCCGCCGACCAAGUCAUUUUCGAGCUACUUUUGGUAG